UCAUGCAUACAAAAAAAAAUUCAUUUAAAAACUUAUGUGACUCAGUCAAUUUGUUCAUUGAAUAAAGUUAAAUUUAUAAACUGUACUACUCUACUUCGUUGUUGUGUUUAGUAUCGUACGUGAUUAUAUGAGAAUAACACACACAUACAUAUAAUAUAUAUAUUGGUGUUGGUGUUAUUUGUUAUAUAGAAUCUGUUAGUGAGUUGGUUUUUUUAGCAAACGAAACUGAUAACUCUAUUUAAUCAACUUGUAAAAAAAACAACAAAAAAUGAAAAAGGAACAGGAAAAAGAAGAAGGACCGGAGGCAAUCCAAAAGUACCCACUGUUCUGCUCAUACCGGCUAAUUCUCGCGUUGGUUGGGUACUUUAUGUUUUUCCACCUGUAUGCCCAGAGGAUCGGGAUGUCUGUGGCGAUUGUAUGCAUGGUCAACCAGACUGCAGUCAAGCAAUUGACUCAACUGGCUGCCGAGUCUAAUGAUCAUUUGUCGCUGUCGUCAUCUUUUAAUAUGACGUCAUCGUCGUCUGUAAAUCUGACGUCACCGCCGCCAACGCUGACGCAAGCGGAGAAGUGUGGCGUGUUCGAGACCAAUGAGACGAAAGCCGUUUUGGAUGGCCCGUUUGUAUGGGAAAAAAGCGUCCAAGGCCACAUACUCAGUUCAUUUUUCUACGGGUACCUUGUGUCUCAAAUUCCUGGCGGGCUAAUGGCGGAACAGUUUGGCGGCAAAUGGGUGUUGGUGGGAUCGCUGGGCCUUUCCACUUUUGCCACGCUCCUGACCCCAGUGGCCGCGCACAUCCACAUCGGGCUGCUGAUUUUCGUUAGGGUGCUCUGCGGAAUUGGCUCGGGCACUCUGUAUCCAGCCAUGCACGCUAUGUGGGGCCAGUGGUCACCCCCAUUGGAAAGGUCAACCCUAUGCGGACUGACCUACGCCGGUGCCAUGAUGGGCAAUGUAAUAGCCCUACCUGUUUCAGGUUUGCUCUGCCAACAUGGGUUUUCCCAGGGCUGGGAUUCCAUAUUUUAUAUUAUUGGUAUGUCGUCUACAGUCUGCAUAAUUGUAUGGAGUCUGGUAACCAGCAACACGCCAGCCCAACACCCAAAAAUGUCGAGAGAGGAGAAGAAGUACAUCAUUGACUCCAUCAAGAUUGGGGGCGGCAGUACCGCUAAAACUGAUUUGUGCAAAGUCCCUUGGGCAAAAUUCUUCACGUCCGGCCCCGUCUGGGCCCUCAUCAUCGCAAACUUCAGCACAGAUUGGGGCCUAUACACCUACCUUACCAACAUACCUACGUUCUACAAGGAAGUCCUUUUCUUCGAUAUUAGCUCUAAUGGAUUUUUCUCGGCUCUACCAUUCCUGGGCUUGUGGGCGGUUAUGAACAUAGUGCCAGUGAUUGCUGAUAAGUUGCAGUCGUCGGGGGUGCUCAGCACGGUGGCCACGAGAAAAAUAUUCAAUACUAUUGGCCUGGUCGGGCCAGCCAUCCUCCUCAUCUGCCUCAGCUUCAUCGACUGCACGCAGACAGCGGUGGCUGUGGUACUCCUGGUCCUCGCUGUGUCCGUCAGUGGUUUCGUCUUCUCCGGUUACCUGGUCAACCACAUGGAUAUAGCCCCUCAAUACGCAGGUACCCUUAUGGGACUCGCCAAUGGGAUUUCAGCAUGUUCCGGAUUUUUGGCUCCCAAUGUUGCCGCUUAUGUCACGAAGGAUCAAUCCAGAGAAUCCUGGCAGAUCGUCUUCUCGAUAGCAGCGGUGGUGUACGUGGUGGGUGCAGUCCUCUACUGCGUCCUGGCGUCGGCGGAAAUCCAACCAUGGGCACGGGACCAACUCGAUCCGGUUGAAGUGGAUUUGGAGGAGAAACAGAACGGAAAUGGGAUCUACAAGAUCGCUACUCCCAUCGACAAUGGCGCGAUGACGCAACCCAUGCUCACCAAGUACGAACCCCUUAAGAAAGAUGCGGAUAAUGUCGUCAGUUAG